GCCCAUCCGCGAUCGAUUCAACAUUUCAAUUUUGAUUUGUCUUUUCAACUACACCACCACACCAGUUUUACAGAUUUACGUCUUCCACGUCGUAGACUACAUAAAAAGGGAGAGAAAUGGCGACAUGGCUAGAUCAAGCAGUUGGCAUGGGACUAUUGUCCUUUGCUGGAAUGGUGUUUGUCUACUAUACAUUUUGGAUCAUUGCCUUGCCGUUUGUUGAAGAGGACCAAGUAAUUCAUCAGCUGUUUCCUGCCAGAAAGUAUGCUGUAAUUAUUCCAUUUGCUGUUGGUGGAUUUGCCCUUUUGUGCAUUUGUAACUUCAUUGCAUUCCUAUCCUUCUUCAAGAAGGAAAAGAAGUCAUAGCCCCACAUUUAGCAGGUGAUCUUGUUGUAGACAAUCUUGUUCAUUUAUUACAACCAGAACAUUUGAUGCUGGCUUCAAAUGUGAUUAAUUUUCAAAUUUUCAUUCAAAUUUUCAGUGCCUUAAAUGUGUUGAAGAAAAUUUGUUCAUGACAACUCAAUUGCUAUUAUUAUUAAGUACUGUGUAGUGAAUAAAGAAUUGGUAAUACAUGUA